AUGGGCUUUAGAGCUAUUCUAUGCAUUAUUUACAGAAGUUGUGAUAUAUACUAUGACCAUGACCGAGGCGAUGAUGGAGGCAAUUAUAGAAACAGUUACAAAGACUAUAAUAGAGACAAAAGUACAAAUAACAAAAAUAAGGACAUGAAUGAUCAUAAAAAUGAAAAUAAUAGUACUUCUGUUGACGAGAACAUACCUCCACAUACAACUAUAAGUUCAAAUCUGACGCCUUCAAUAAAACCAACUCUUACAAGCUCAUCGCAUUCAAAUCUGACGAGUGCAGACAAUAAACCUUCCAUUUCAAUAGAAUCAAAUCCUACAAGCACACCUUAUUCCAACCUAACGGAUACACAAUCUACAAUUGGAACAAAAAAUUCAGCAGAAGAUACAAGUUCGUCAACAGACGCAAAUAAAAUAACGGACCCUUUUGAUCCAAAAUCACCUUUUCAUAUACCAAUAAUUAUUGGAAUUGUAAUAACCGUACUGAUAGCGCUCCUUGUAUCAUACUGUGUAUUAAGGAAAACAGUUUUCAAAAAGCGAUAUAAUUUAUCUAACAAAGGAUAUUAUUCUAUGGAUGAAAAUGAACCUGGUAGAACAAGCUCAUUCGAUAGUAACACAGAAAUUCAAUCACCAACAAUUGCAAUGACUUCUAACAGGAGUUCGAUUGUACGAAUUGAUCAAUUAAUAAAUAUAGAUUUAGGUGAAGGUAAUAUUAGUAAUUAUCGUAAUACGUCGAAUGCACAAGACUUCAUGGAGCCGGCUCGGAGGUCAAGUGCAUUUUUGGAUUAUCCUAAUGACUUCUAUCAUGCUUACACGGAACCAGAAAUUACUUCAGAGAAUGUUGAACAUGAAACUAUUCAACGACCAGAUGCCACAUUUAAUUUAAGAGAUUCUCAAAAUUAA